AUGAUUCGAAUCGAAGAGAGCGAGACCGAGGUCAAGGUCACGUUCUCGGAUGGGACCACGGACACUGGCGACCUCUUGAUCGGAUGCGAUGGAAUUCAUUCUGCCGUUCGAAAAUUAUACGUCGACCCGGAGCACGCAUUAGAGUACACUGGAUUUUCCACCUUGGCUGCUAUACUUCCAAAAUCUGCACUGCCGGAGGGCUCUGUGGACGAUCUCAAAGGCAUCGUCGCUACGCUUACGACGCAAGGCGUCUUUCUCACCAUGUCUUGCUCUGCAAAAGACGACGAGGUGUUCUGGGCGUUCUCCACUCAGGUUUCUCUACCUAACACGGGAGACACAAGAGACGGGUGGGAAGUCAAGCGCAAAGAAGAAGUUGCCGGUUUCAAGAAUGACCUGUUGGAUCUGCUUAGAAAUGCCAAAGGAGAAUGGGGCCACGCCAUGAGAGCCAUGAUAGAGCAGACCUCAGUCGUGAGGUUUUACCCAAUAUUCAAGCUGGCCUCAGGAGGGGAGUGGUACAAAGGCCGAUGUCUUCUCUUGGGAGACGCUGCUCAUGCCAUGUCUCCACAUGCUGGUCAAGGCGUCUCCAUGGCCAUAGAAGAUGUAUUCAUGAUGGCGAGGUUACUAGAGGACCACACGAGACCCCUUGAGGAUGUAUUCGAAAAAUUCGACGCCGUUCGUCGCCCUAGGGUCAACGAAAUCACGGCGCAGGCGGCGAAAAAUUCAGAGGUGCGAAAGAGGUCUGGUGAGUGGGGGCUGUGGUGGAAAGAGACCGUCAUUUGGGCAUAUUUCCGGGUAUCCAGUUUGGUCGGGUACAAUUCUUUGGCUGGUAUGGAGAGACAGUAUCUUUACGAUGUGGAUGAAGUCGACAUCUAA